GAGAGAAAGGCCACAAAGCAAAAGGAGGAGCAAAGAGGAGGCGAAGGAGGGGUAGGGGUCAGGGUCCUGCGGACUCGCCUGGAGGUGGGGGGCACUGAGCGGGUUGGAGUGGGGACUGUGGGCCCAUCAGGGCAGGACUCUUUCAGCGGAGCUGGAUCUGCGCUCAGGAGUUUCAGCUGGAAAGACAGGCGAUCUCAGGUCGCACGCCUUUCCUGCACUCUUAACUUCUUAGUGCGCGCUGCCUGCCUCCAGCUACCCCUCCCCCUGGCUCUUCCUUUGGGGGCACACAUCAAGGCCUCCAGAGGCUCUAGGGAAGCCUUCCUUCUUCCGGUUUUUGAGGUUCCUGGUGUUUAAAAGUGAGAGGCCAAACAGGAUUGAAAAGCUGUAGUGUAUUUUCAGUGUUUACAUAGAACAAAUUAACAUUUCAAACACAUGGAACAGACAAGGACUCCAUGUAUAACGUCAUUUGGAGAUAACAUCAGAAGUCUAAUUUAAGCCCCUUUGUGAACCUGGGGCCUUGGGCACAUGCUCCCCUCCUCUCUCCCCACAUUUUAUAAUCUAGGCAUUUCCAGGAGGGGAGGGGGAACACCUGUCCUGGAGCCUUCCCCUCCCUGCUGCCUGGGCACCUAUAAGAGCCCUCUGCAAAGGGGAAGGGUGGAAUUUAUGGGUGGAAUAGAGAGGGAUUCUGGGGUGAACAUGGGGAUGGACAAUAUUGGUUCUGGGCUUGGCUCAGAGAUGGGGUGCAGACAUGGGCGUGGGGCUGGGAAUCCUGUACAGACCUAGGCUCCCUUAGGACGUAGAGGAACUUUUAAAUUUCCAGAUGCGUCUGAAGGGAGAGCUUCCCUAUUCCAGCUCCAUCCUGGUCCAACCUCCUUCAGACCCCAGCCCUGGCAGGCCUGGCUUCCUGCAAGACAGACAUUCAGCUGCUGGAAAGUGACUUGAUAUGAUCUCUGCCCAGGGGACUGCCAAGGCACACUGGGGUCCAAGAUGGAGGUGGGCGGGAAACCCAGUUCCCAAAGAUGAACGCUCUGACUGGCACCAGGGGGAAUAGAUGGAGGCCAGAAAAGGCUUAGCAGGAAAUAAUUUCUGGGACCAGGUAAAAUGGUGGUUUGGGAGGUGGGUGAUGGGGCUCCCUGCUCAGAGCUCAGUGCCUGGAGAAAGGUAGUGGGGGGAGCAGAGAGCAAACCUGACGGAAGACAAGACUGUGCUGCUGGCAUGCCCACACAUGGAAUGGAGCUAGUCGGACUGGGGAGUGAAUCCUGGUUUAUUAGCUGGGUGACCUUGGACAAGUUAUAUAACAGCUGAGUCUGAUUCCUCAUCUCUAACAGUCACUUCGGUGAGGAGUGCCCAGCACAGUGAUGCCCUCCUGUCUUUUCAACUUCACCUUGGCUCCACCCCCAACUCCCCCUAAUUGUGCUUUCAUGAAAGCUGACAAUGUUUCUUUGUCCAGGGCAGGAGGAGCCUUUUCCCUGUCCUUAUGCUUCAUCUCUGCCCUCUCCUUCAGAGGAGUUAAAGGUGAUUCUAACCUGUUCAGGGAGAGUUCUGGGCUCUAGGCAAGGUUGGGAAAAAGCCAGGGUGGGCCAGUCACUAAGACUGUGGGUGGGUGGCAGCCUCAGGCAGCCAGGCCCUCAGCUUCGGGUCUUGCCCCUAACGUACUCAAGGGGUAGAAAGGAAAGGAACCCCUCCAUCUGGCUUUCUGGGUCCCAGGCUUCUUUCCCCUUCCCAGCAGCGUCCACUGGCUGGUCUCUUCCUCUUCCCCCUGUGCCUUCCUUGACCUGUUCUGGUCUCUCCUGCUAAUCAGAAUGUCUCAGGUGCUCACAGAUUCUCCCAGUUCUCCUCUAGAACUGGGAGUGCCUGGGUUCUAAUCCUGAUUCCGUCACUAGCCAGUGACCUUGCAGGCUCCAUGACCUCUUGGAGCCCCUGCUUCCCUGUCUGUGAAGUGGGACAACUAUGGAACCGACCACGUGAGCUUGUUGUGAGGGUUCAGAGAAUCCUGAGAAGGUGCCUGGCCCAUGAUGAGCAGAUGUUGGAUCAAAGCAACUGUCAGGAUUGUUAUUUGAUGCCAGCGCUGUGCAGGCAGCAGAAUGUUGAGGCGAGGGUGCCCGCCCUCGAAGAACUCACAUCACGGAUAUCAUGCUUGAUUCUGGUCAAUACCUUCCCACUGACUUUGGAAUAACAACCAAAUGCUCCACCGCAGCCUCUAGGAUCCUAUGUGAUCUGGCCCUGCCCACCUCUUCAUCUCAUCUCAUCCUGCUUUCCCCUUAGUCUUUGCUCUCCAUCCCCACUGUCCUUUCUGUUUCUCAAAUACGUGGAGCUCUUCCCCACCUCCAGGACUCUACGUGCCCUGCUCGCUCGGCCUGGACCACUCUUCCCUUUUCCCUCAAACGUCAAAUUCUGCAUCCUCAGGAAGGCCUUCCCUGGCUCUCCAAGUUAAAGCAGCCCCUCCGUCUUCUCCCUCCCCCUCAUAACUGCUUAUCUCCUAACACUGUUUCAUUUUCUUCAUACCACUUAUUAUUAUCGGAAAUUGUCUUGUUUCCAUGUUUAUCAUCUGUCUUCUCCUUAAAUGUAAGCUUCACAAGGCAAAGACCUUAUCUGGCUCGCCCUCCUCUGCAUUCCCAGGUUUUAGAAUAGUGCCUGGUGUGUAGUAGGUACUCCAUAAAUAUUUGGUGAAUGAAUUAAUGGACAGGGCUGCUGUGACUGGAGGACGAAGCUGAGUAAGCCGAGGGCUCUCAGUGGGGAGGCACGGGGCACAUGGUGGGGGAGGGAGUCGUGGGGCUUCUUGUCCUGUUCACUCUGAUUCUCUGGGAGUUUCCCAGGCCAGCCUGGGUUCUCUUUGAAGGUAGGCUUCUGAGCCUCAGCAUCUUUGUAACUAAAGGGGAUACUACAGGUAACUAGCAACCAGUACCAUUUUCACCCACCAAUCCUGGGGCAUGGGAGCAGUGUUCUGGAGGCCCCCAUCUGGGCAGGGCAUUCACCCUUUAGUUGCUGGAUCACAGGGAGGUUGUGAUGGGGUUGCCCCAGGGCUGAGGACAACAUCAAUGUACCAGCAGAGGCGGAAGUAUGGCGGCGUUUUAACCACCGGUGCCUCCAUCUCACAUCAGGUCACUCCCUCUAAAGGUAGUGGAAAUAAAUUUGAAUAAACAAAACAGGUUUGCUGAAAAUAAAACCAGGACUCCUAGACUGCUCCAGUCAGCCUGCUCCCACAAGGCCUACCUGUCAGCCAGUGUGACACCAGGGCUGGACCAGCAGCAGAGCAGCAUCCGGCAUGUACCAGGUGGUUGUGUUUUUGGCAAUGGUCAUGGGAACCCCCACCCUCAGUUUGUGGCACAAGGAAUGCACCCAUUGGCCCAGCUGCUGCCCCAAGAAAGGACAGGACCCCAUUGAGGAGUGGCUGAAGUGGAGCACUGCGCACGUGCCUCCCCCAGAGACUGCUAACCUCGCCCACCACCCAGAAUCCUGCAGGGCCAGCGAAGACGGACCUCUCAACAGCAGGUCCAUCUCCCCCUGGCGAUAUGAGUUGGACAGGGACUUGAACCGGCUCCCCGAGGACCUGUACCACGCCCGGUGCCUAUGUCCGCACUGCGUCAGCCUGCAGACAGGCUCCCACAUGGACCCCCUGGGCAACUCGGAGCUGCUCUACCACAACCAGACUGUCUUCUACCGGCGGCCGUGCCCUGGGAAGCGGGGCGCCCACGAUGGCUACUGCCUGGAACGCAGGCUCUACCGCGUCUCCUUGGCUUGCGUGUGUGUGCGGCCCCGUGUGAUGGCCUAGUCGUGCCACCCGUGGCCGGUCCCUGGUCGGAACGCUGGAGCUGGGUGUACAACCACCUGCCACGGUGAGCCAGGACGCCUGAACGCUCAGCCCCUCCAAAGCGCCACCUGGUGCAAUGGGAUCGUGGGACAGGCUGGGGGACUCGGGGGCAACCGCACUUUGCACUUUUGGGAGUGGAUGGAAAUGCAGGGUGAAGCAAAGGGAGCCCAGACUGCUAUGGCCUCUGGAAGCUGGUGUCUUGGCAUUUCCUCUCGGGAACGGUGUUAAAUCUGCCCAUUUCUGGAGGCCACCACCUGACUCUCUUACUUUCCUCCCAUCCCUGACUGCCCUGGUGUGGCACGUGGACAUUCUUGAUAUUUUCCCCAUUGCUAAUGGAGAGCCCCUCAUUUCAUUUCUUCAUUUGUUCAUUCAUUCAUUCAUCAACCACUCAGUGAGCAUCUACUUUGCACACAUCCUGGUGUAGUUACUAGUCUUUUGGCAUGGGCAACUCUGAGGAAAAGGCUGUUAUUGAGCAUGGAGAGACUUAUCCAAAUAAAUAAUCUGUAUUUAAAA